CUUCUCAUCACCUGAAAAGAUUGAAAAAAAAAAUAACAAACUUUCACUCGUAUUGGAAGUAAGCACGUGAAAAAAAAUUUGCUCUUCCUGUUUUUAAUAAAACUAAAGAAAAACUCGCCGUGUAUAAAAUGUAACUAAUGAAAAUAUGGAUGACGAACUGAGAAAAUCUAACAAGGCAUCAGAAUCGUGUAGGAAUGAAGGAAAUCGUUUAUACGUGCAGCGAAAAUUUUUUGAUGCAAUUUUAAAAUACAAUGAGAGUUUGUGCUAUGCUGAAAAUGGAAGUGAUAAUAUGGGACUUGCUUAUGCAAAUCGAUCUGCUGUAUAUUUUGAAAUGAAACUUUAUGAAAAGUCAUUGAGGAAUAUUGAGCUUGCUAGAGCGAACAACUAUCCUGAAAAAAAUUACGAGAUCCUGAAAAAACGUGAAUCAAAAUGUCAGGAACUGAUAAAAAAUACUUUAAAGAUUGCAACUGACUUGAGUUUCUUUAAGCUAUCAUACGAACCUAAUAAGGAUUAUCCAUCAAUUGCAAACUGCCUAGAAAAAAGAAUCAAUAACAAAUACGGUCGACACAUUAUCACAAAUAAAUCCUUAUCUGUUGGUGAUAUCAUAGCUAUUGAGGAUCCGGUAUAUAAAGUAAUAAAAUCAGAUGAACGAUACAGCACGUGCUAUGCAAAUAACGUAUAUCAAAGAUGUGAAAAUUGUUUAGAAGAGAACCUAUUAGACUUAAUUCCGUGCACGUUCUGCACUAAGGCCAUGUAUUGCUCAUCAGAAUGCAUGAACUACUCGUACUCACAUUAUCAUAAAUAUGAAUGUUCAAUUGUUGAGGAUUUAUUGAGAUCUGGCAUUAAACACGUCAUCCUACGGAUAUUCUUCGAGGGUCUAUCUGCAUUUAAUCACGACAUCAAUAAGUUUAAACAAUUUGUUAAGGAGAAUGAAGGAACAAAUUUAUCAUUUUUUGAAGUAAAAAGUCCGGAAAAUAAGAGUGAAUUCUUUCUAGCUACUUUAUCAUUAGCAUCAAAGGAAGUGAGAAUAGAUUCAGCACUUGAUUUUGAAGAGCUCUUUAAAAAGUCAAAAACUUUAAAAAGCAUGUGGAUAAAUCAUGAAAAUUUCAUCAAAGACAUCCUUCAGAAGCUUUCAAUUGUUGGAAAUAGAGAUAUCCAUGGAAUUGGAGCAUGGUCAUUGAAGCAAAAUGGAAUGGAAGAGCAUAAUGAACCCAAAAAUCCAUCACAAUACCAACAAUUGAUAGGAAAUGCUUGUUAUUUAUUUUCAUCUCUGCUGAAUCAUUCAUGUGCUCCAAAUAUAAAGCGACUCAAUGUCGGAUGCAAAAACGUCAUCGUUGUAUGUCGUCCAAUUAGUGCUGGUGAUCAACUCUUUGACUCAUAUCGACAAAAUUUCAAUCUUCUUCCUAAGAGCACGAGACAGGAGAGUUUAAUAAAAGACUAUGGCUUUAUAUGCGACUGUGAAGCAUGUAUCAAUGAAUGGCCAUUGAAUAAAGACUUAGAAGUCAUUAAUGAUAGUGUAUUGGAAUUUGCAUGGGAAGCACAUGAUGAGCUUCCAUAUCUACAAUCUAAAACGUUUGCUGUAAAGAGGUUUAGAGAAUAUUGUGAUAAGUUUAUGAAACAUGGCAAGAAGUUCCCAUCAGCUGAGCUCGUAAUUCUUCAGGAAUGUAUUUCCAAUUGCCUUCUUUCAAUCACAAAACCUUCUUUUCAAUUUUAGUAAUAGGCGAGCAGCAUGUGAGAGAUGUUGUGGAAAAUUAAUUUCUUUUUUCUCAUGAUCGGGUUGAUUGGAAGUGAUGUCAAGCGUUUUGGAGGGGAUAGGAGGAGGCUAAUUGGUGUCAUCGAAUGGAAAUAGAAUUUUUGGAAGUGAUCCUAGACAGAUUCAAUUCGGUCAAGUGUUCGGGAUUGAAAAAAAUAGUAAACUUCAAUAUAGAGCUAUAUGAAGCUCUAUAGCUUGCAUGAAAUUCCGCAAAGAGGUUCAAAAAAAUCAAAUAAUACUAGACAUCAUUUACGAACGACCCCCUUCAUAUAUGACUUCACAUAAUGUGCCAAAAAAUAAAAUUUAAAUAAAGAAGAAAAAUAUUGAAAUUUUUUUGUAUUUUAUUUUUCUCGCGGUCCGUGCUCAGUUGUGAAAAUAUUGUGAAGCCAAAAAGAUGUAAAUUAAAAAUUUUCAGUGAAAAUUGCAAGGAAAAAAAGGAAUUUUAGGGAAAGAAAUAAAUUUAAUCAAAUUAAAAAAGACUUAACGAUGAGUAAGAAAUUAAAUGAUCAACAAAAGUCGAAUAAAGUUUCUGAAUCGCAGAGACAUAAAGCACUUCACGAUGCUAAAAUUGGAAAAUUCCAUGAAGCACUGAUAAAUUUCAACAAAAGUUUAUGUCAUGCUGAAUCAAAUACAUCAACGAUCGCACUCAUUUACGCAAAUCGCGCGGCUGUUUAUUAUCAGUUAAAUUUACACGAUAAAUCUCUCAAUAACAUUGCGUUGGCACGCGAGUGUCACCAUAACGCAGACAUAUUAAAUGAUUUAGAUGAGCUUGAGGAGAAGUGCUAUGAAAAUAUUAAUAAUCAACUAAAGUAUGAUGAUCCAUGGGAAUAUUUUAAACUGUCAUACCCCGCAAAUAAGAGACUUCCAUUUAUAAUUGACUGUCUUGAAGUGAAAAAUGAUAAAAAAUAUGGACGAUAUGUGACGACUACUCAACCGCUUAAUGCUGGGGACAUUUUAGCGAUUGAGGAGCCAUUUUUUAAAUUUUUAAAAGUUGAUCCAGAUGAUAAUGAAUAUCCAGAGACAAAUCCUUACAAUUACUGUGCAAACUGCUUACGGGACAAUUAUCUAGACUUAAUACCAUGCGAUGGCUGCCUUACAACAAUGUUCUGUUCCCGAAAAUGCAUGGAAGAAGGUAAUCGAAUGUUUCAUCAAUAUGAAUGCAAUAUCUUAGAUGUCCUGAAAGAAACAGACAACUUCCGAAUGGCUGUGAGAAAUUUCUUUGUAUCUUUAUCAAUAUGCAACAGGAACAUUGAUGAAUUAAAGCGGCUAAUGGACGAAAGUGAUGAAAAAAAUCCAACAAUUUUUAACUUUGAUUUAAGUCUUUGCGAGAAUAAUUCAAAAGAUCUUUUAAUGGCCAUGAUGUCUCUAACGAAUAAAACAAAUGUACGAGUAAAAGAUAUGAGCUAUGUCUUUCAACAUCACAAGCUACUUAAAAAGUUAUGGACGAAAGAAAAGGAAUUUAUAAAUAAAUUUCUCGAAAGAAUGAUGCAAGUUGAGAUAUUAAAUUUUCAUGGAAUCAAAGGACAGUCACUGAAUGCCAAAAGUGUGUUUCGUAAGUGUGUUGGCGAUGGCUCGUAUGCAUUUUGUUCAUUACUUAAUCAUUCCUGUUGUCCGAAUGUAAUGAGAAUUGUUGUUGAUAAUCGUAUGGUGCUGAUUUGUGAACGUCCAAUUAAGGCUGGUGAACAGCUCUUCGAUUGCUAUAUCGGUGAUAGCUUCUAUUACAAGUCAAAAGAGCAUCGACAAGAGGAGCUUGAGGAUUACAAUUUUACAUGUGACUGCUUAGCAUGUGAAAAUGACUAUGCUGACAUUUUGUCUGGUCUCCUGCCAGUUAUUAAUCAUCAAAUAUUCAGAUUAGCUUAUACUUCAUACAAAGAUCUACAAGAUCCGAGGAAGGUGCUCACAGUAGAACAAGCUAGGAUGCUUGCCAAGAAAUAUUCAUUAAUUCUUAAUCAAAACUUCUCCGAAAACAGCUAUCCAUGCAAGGAACUAGUGAUGCUUCAACUUUGUAUUGUUAAAUGCUUUCUUACUGCCGCAUUUUCUCCUAUUACUUUUAAAUGAAAUGUCUUUAAGAUAAGAUGAAAUAAAGUUGUUUAAUGUGUUG